CAAAAAAUAAGUAACUUUUUUCCCUUUUUUUCUUCUUCAUUCUUUUUUUUUUUAAGUUCUUCACUUUCACAUAUACCAUCACCAAUAUUAUUAUAUGAAAAGAUUAACAAUCACCACCCACCACCCUCCUCCACAACCCACCCUCAUCAACCAUCAGCGCAACAAACACUACCACUUCACCCUACUGUUUAUAUCCGAAUCACACAUAGAAAAAAAAAUUAAACAAAAUUUAAACUAAAUUUAAACAAAAUUAGAUCAAACAAACACACACUUAUCUACACAAAAAUUUCAAAUCUUCAACUUCGAACCAGAUCUAAGAUCUCUACUUUCAUUGCAAAGCCCAACCCCGACUAUCCACUUACGAGAUCUCCACACGAACCCAUAAAACCACAAACCCACGAACCCAUCCAUCCCCAUCGAACCAAGAAUACCAUCCCUGUCAUCGAACAAUAAACCCACGAAGCUAGACCAUCCCCGUUGAACCACGAACUUGUCUCCAUCCCCUUCGAGCCACGAACCCCAUCGCCAUCCUCAUCAAACUUGCACAAAAAAAUACACACACACAGAGAGAGAGAGAGAGAGAGAGAGAGAGAGAGAGAGAAAGAAAAAGAGAGAGAGGGAAAAUAAAAGAGACGAGUUCGGGAGGACCUGAGUUUUGGGGGUCGUAGAUCUUGAUUUCGUGGUCCAAAUGCAUUGCCGGAGUGCUUCUCCACCACCACCGACGACUUCUUCGUGAGUGCAUCUUCGAUAGAAAAAGAGAGAGAGGGGCGAAUAUAUAGGCUUUAAGGGACGAGGAUUUCGAUUUUGUAGUUUGUUUUAAUAAUAGGUGGCUGGAGUUUUGGGUUUGCUCUAGGCAAAUCCCAUUGAGAGAGAGAGAGAGAGAGAGAGAGAGAGAGAGAGAGAGAGAGAGAGAGAGAGAAAUGGUUUGGAAUUAGGGUAAAUGGUUGAAGAAGAAGAAGGUUGAGGAAAAAGAAAAAGAAAAAAAAAAAGAAGAAAAUUAUAUUUUUUUUCAAUUUUUCUUUAUUUUUUUAAAUGAAAAAAAAAAACUGAAACGAAAAAAAUGUUUUUUUUUUUAUUUAUAAUAUUUUCUAAUUUUAGGGCAUUUCCCGUCAAAAUUUAAAUUUUAAAGGUUAAGUGUAAAUAAAUUGAAAAUAUUAAGAGUUAUGCCGCAAAUAACCGUUGAUAAAAGUAUCUUAGUUUUGUUUUUUGCCACCAAAAUUUAAAUUUUGAGUUAAGUAAUGUAAUAACAAAGUAAAAAUAUUGAGAUUUUUACCGUACUUAAUUUAAUUUUAUUUAUUAGUACUAGUACAUACUAUAUAAAGUCCUCGCCAGGUCACAUGCUCACAAACGGAAAACAAAAAUGAAAAUGAAAAUUGGAGUUUUAUUCUUCUUAAUUCUGCUUCUACGUACAUUUUCCCCUACUUCGGCCCAUUGCUCCAGUGAAGAAGAAGAAGAAGAAAUUCAAAGGUCUCAAUUCCCAGACGGUUUCUUCUUCGGAACAAGCACUUCAGCCUAUCAGGUUGAGGGAGCAUUUCUUGAAGAUGGAAAGAGUCUCACCAACUGGGAUGUCUUCGCUCAUAUUCCAGGAAACAUUAUAAAUAAUGAAAAUGGUGAUGUUGCAGAUGACCAUUACCACCGGUAUAUGGAAGAUAUUGAAUUAUUGCAUUCUCUUGGGGUGAAUGCAUAUCGAUUCUCAAUUUCGUGGUCAAGAAUUCUGCCUAGAGGAAUAUCUGGCGAUGUUAACCCAGAAGGGAUUAAGUUCUAUAAUAAAUUAAUCGACCACUUGAUACAUAGAGGAAUCGAACCAUUUGUGACUAUUUUCCACUUUGAGUUUCCACAAACUCUGGAGGACAAAUACGGGGCAUGGCUAAAUCCUUCAAUGAGGGAGGAAUUUGUAUAUUUUGCGUCGAUAUGUUUCAAGGAAUUUGGAGAAAGAGUAAAGUACUGGGUGACCCUAAAUGAGCCAAACCAUUGGGCGGAAUUUGCCUAUAAUAGGGGAGAGUACCCUCCGGCUCGUUGUUCGCCGCCGUUUGGGAAUUGCUCAAGGGGCGACUCUGAUACAGAGCCUCUUGUUGUCAUGCACAACAUGUUAAUUUCACAUGCCAUGGCUGCUCAUCUUUACCGCAAAUGCUUUCAGAGGAAACAGGGUGGGUUUAUUGGAAUUUCUGUGUCUUCAUUUAUGUAUGAACCACUUAGAGACGAAGAGGAUGAUCGGCUAGCUGCGAGUAGAGCAUUGGCUUUCAAUAUCGCUUGGGCGUUAGAUCCUUUAGUACAUGGAGAUUACCCUGUAGAAAUGCGAGAGUGCAUUGGGUUGAAAUUGCCAAAGAUUUCAACCGAAGAGAAAAAGAUUCUGAAAGGCAGUAUAGACUUCAUUGGCUUAAACUACUAUUCAACUUUCUACGCCAAAGACUGCAUCCACACCCCUUGCUCCCCCAAGUCUCAACACCCAAUUAAAGGCUUUGUCGAAACCUCAGUAUUACGAGAUGGUAUACCUAUUGGUCAACCGACCGGAAUGGAAAGCUUCUUUGUAGUUCCAAGAGGCAUGGAGAAUAUUGUUGAAUACAUUAAGCACAGAUAUUAUAACAUGAUGAUGUUCGUUACUGAGAAUGGAUAUGCUUCGCCGGUACAGGAGAGUGAACAAGCGCUGCUCCAAGAUCUCAAUCGCAUCAAAUUUCACAAAGGCCAUCUUAACGCUUUAGCCCGCACAGUAAGGAAGGGUGCUAAUGUGAGGGGAUAUUUCAUUUGGUCGUUGAUGGAUAACUUUGAGUGGAAUAUGGGUUACGGCAUUAGAUUUGGGCUAUAUUAUGUGGAACGCGCCACACUCAAACGUAUCCCAAAACUUUCUGCCACAUGGUUUGCAACCUUUCUUACUGGUACUAAUGCAAGUGGACAGAGUCACCACAAGGGACUGUUUAUGGAAAGCAUUUGAUUCCGAUAUAUGAAUAUAAAAAAAUAUUCGUGUUCAUUAUUUUAUAAAAUAUCCCAUAUAGUAUAUUAUCAUCCCUGCCAAAGUAGUAAAUAAAUGCUAUGUUAUGUAUUAUCAACAAUAAAUUUUCGGUACUCACUCAUGUACUAUCAUAUCCCCGUAUGACCUCAAUUGUUUUUUUUAUAUUUAACUAUAAGAUUUAUAUUAGUUGGGAGCAAAUAAAUAAUAUAUAAGUGGGAAUAGAAA